AUGGGGUUUAAACAUAUAAAUUAUUUCGGGUAUGGGAUAUACAAUGAUAUUAAAACAAGGCUAAAAUAUUAUCCAUCAGAUUUUAAAGAUGCUAUAAAUUAUAGAGUAAUACCAAGUACUGUUUUUAUAUUUUUUGCUAAUUUAUUACCUGCAAUUGCUUUUGCUCAAGAUAUGUUUGAUAAAACAAAUCAUGCUUAUGGUGUUAAUGAAGUUUUAUUAUCUUCAGGUUUAGCUGGAGUUGUAUUUGGUUUAUUUUCUGGUCAACCAUUAUGUAUUGUUGGUGUUACUGGUCCAAUUUCAAUUUUCAGUUAUACUGUUUAUGAAUUAAUGCAUCCUAGAGGUACUCCAUAUUUCCCAUUUAUGUGUUGGAUUUAUUUAUGGUCUAUGAUUUUUCAUUUUGCCAUUGCUUUGGGUAAUUAUGUUUCAUUUCUAAGAAUUAUAAGUCUUUAUAGUUGUGAUAUUUUUGGAUUUUUUAUAAAUAUGGUUUAUAUUCAAAAGGGGAUUCAAAUUUUAAGUAAUCAAUUUGAUGAAAUUAAUUUAGCUUCUGGUUAUUGUUCAGUUAUGAUUUCUUUAUGUAUGAUUAUUUGUGGUGUUGGCUCACAAAUAUUUGGUAAUGAAUUACAUUAUUUUAAACCAUGGAUUAGAAAAGUAUUUGUUGAUUAUGGUGUUGUUGCUAGUGUUAUUUUCUUCACUGGGUUUAUUCAUUUUGGUGGAAAAUUAGUUUAUACAGAUAUUCAAAAAUUACCAAUUACAAAGACAUUUGAACCAACAACUUCUGGAAUUGUUAGACCUCAUGGUUGGUUUAUUCAUUUUUGGCCAGGUGAAAAUAUAUCUGUUAGUGAUGUAUUUUUAGCAAUUCCAUUUGCAAUUUUAUUAACUUUUUUAUUUUAUUUUGAUCAUAAUGUUUCAAGUUUAAUGUGUCAAUCAAAAGAAUAUCCAUUGAAAAAACCAGCUAGUUUUCAUUGGGAUUUCUUUUUAUUAGGUUUAACUACAGGUAUUGCUGGACUAUUAGGUAUACCUGCACCAAAUGGAUUAAUUCCACAAGCCCCAUUACAUACUGAAAGUUUAAUUGUUCAUGAUUCAAAAGGGAAAAGAUUAUCUGUUGUUGAACAAAGAGUUUCAAAUACUGUACAAGGUGCAAUUACUUUUGUAAUGAUGACAAGACCAUUUUUGAUUUUAUUGGGUUUAGUUCCACAAGCCGUUUUAUCUGGUUUAUUUUUCAUCAUGGCUAUUGGUGGAUUACAUGGUAAUAUAGUUACAAAUAGAAUAAGAUUUAUAUUUUUAGAUUCAGAUUAUAUUCAAAAUGAUGAAACAUGUCCAAAAAUGUGGAAAGAAAUGAAAAAAAUCCCAAAAAAAUGGUUGUAUAUUUAUACUUUUUUAGAAGCAAUUGGAGGUGUUGCUGAAUUUGUAAUCACUUUAACAAAAGGAGCUGUUGGAUUUCCUGGAGUUUUAUUAUUCUUAGCAUUUUGUGCAAAAUGGAUAUGGCCAUUAAUUAUACCAAGACAAGAAUUAGAUAAAUUAGAUGGUGAUGUGGCUGAUGAAUUUAUAUUAAAGAAUAUAACAGUUGCUGAUGAUGAGAAGAAAAAGAGGCGACAAAUGGAAAAAUUGAUUGAUGAAGAAAAGAAUACUAGUGAUACUGAAACAACAACAAAUGAAAGAACAACUAGUGAUGAUAAUUAA